GCGUAAUUACUGGACGGCGCUGCGCCUGGUGCGAGCCGGGGCCAGACUCAGCACUGCGGUGGAGGCAGGACCAGCAGAGAACCGGCUUGGGCGAGGGUUUGGGGAGCUCCGGAGCGAUUUGCCGGGUCAGUGAGGUGUGAGAAACAGCGGGCGCCAGCCCCGCAGUGCGCUCGGAUUGAGUGCCUCUGGCGGGGGCGACAGCGGCGGCGCGGGCGAGCGGUCUGGAGUAAUGACAAACACAUUUGGCCCCGAGUGAAAAAGUCGUCGUUGCCUCGCAUUCCAGCAACCGGGAUUUAAGGAAUUUCGAGCUGCACUCCAAGGGGCCCUCAUUGUGCACGGUGGUCCCCACCCCCACGGGUCUCCGCUUGCCUCCUUCUCAGUGGAAUCGUUUCUGCAAAGCCGGGCGCUUGGUUUCUGCUCAGUCCUGACCGCAAGCAGAAGAGUCCAAGUCUGCUCCAAAGUGCUGACCUUCUUGUGAGAAAGUUAGAGACUGCUCGAAACGGACAAACUUGGCUGCUGGUAAGACAGUUUUCUGGAGCUAUGGGAACUUCCCAUCAGGCCUUCCUGGUCUUCGGCUGUCUCCUCACAGGGCCGGGCCUAAUCCUCUGCCAGCUUUCAUUACCCUCCAUCCUUCCAAAUGAGAAUGAAAAGGUUGUGCAGCUGAAUGCCUCCUUUUCUCUGCGAUGCUUUGGGGAGAGUGAAGUGAGCUGGCAGUACCCCAUGUCUGAAGAAGAGAACCCCAAUGUGGAAAUCAGAGACGAGGAGAACAACAGUGGCCUUUUUGUGACAGUGCUGGAAGUGGUCAGUGCCUCGGCGGCCCACACUGGCUUGUACACUUGCUAUUACAACCACACUCAGACAGAAGAAAGCGAGAUUGAAGGCAGACACAUUUACAUCUAUGUGCCAGACCCAGAUGUGGCCUUUGUACCUCUAGGGAUGACGGAUUAUUUAGUCAUCGUGGAAGAUGACGAUUCUGCCAUCAUACCCUGCCGCACCACCGAUCCAGAAACUCCUGUGAUCUUACGCAACAGUGAGGGACUGGUGCCUGCCUCCUAUGACAGCAAACAGGGCUUCAACGGGACCUUCAGUGUGGGGCCCUACAUCUGUGAGGCCACUGUAAAAGGGAAGAAGUUCCAGACCAUACCCUUCAACGUUUAUGCUUUAAAAGCAACCUCAGAACUGGAUCUAGAAAUGGAGGCUUUGAAAACUGUGUAUAAGUCAGGAGAAACGAUCGUGGUCACCUGCGCUGUCUUUAACAAUGAGGUGGUCGACCUGCAGUGGACCUACCCGGGAGAAGUGAAAGGCAAAGGAGUCACGAUGCUGGAGGAAAUCAAAGUCCCAUCCAUCAAAUUGGUGUACACAUUAACGGUCCCUGAGGCCACCGUGAAAGACAGUGGAGAUUACGAAUGUGCUGCCCGCCAGGCCACUAAGGAGGUCAAAGAAAUGAAGAAAGUCACCAUUUCUGUCCAUGAGAAAGGGUUUGUUGAAAUCAAACCCACCUUUGGCCCGUUGGAAGCUGUCAACCUACAUGAAGUCAGACAUUUUGUGGUGGACGUGCAGGCCUACCCGCCUCCCAGGAUAUCUUGGCUGAAGGACAACCUGACUCUGAUUGAAAAUCUCACUGAGAUCACCACAGAUGUGGAAAAGAUUCAGGAAAUAAGGUAUCGAAGCAAAUUAAAGCUGAUCCGUGCUAAGGAAGAAGAUAGUGGCCAUUAUACUAUAAUAGUUCAAAAUGAAGAUGAUGUGAAGAGUUAUACUUUUGAACUAUUAACUCAAGUUCCAUCUUCUAUUCUGGACCUGGUCGACGACCACCAUGGCUCCGGCGGAGGACAGACUGUGAGGUGUAUGGCUGAAGGCACACCUCUUCCUGACAUCGAGUGGAUGAUUUGCAAGGAUAUUAAGAAAUGUAAUAAUGAAACUUCGUGGACAGUCUUAGCCAACAACGUCUCAAAUAUCAUCACAGAGAUCCAUCCUCGAGGCAAGAGUACUGUGGAGGGCCGAGUGACAUUCGCCAAAGUGGAGGAGACCAUUGCAGUUCGAUGCUUGGCCAAGAAUCCCCUUGGUUCUGGGAACCGAGAGCUGAAGCUGGUGGCUCCCACCCUGCGUUCUGAGCUCACGGUGGCAGCUGCGGUCCUGGUGUUGCUGGUGAUUGUGAUCAUCUCACUUAUCGUCCUCGUCGUCAUUUGGAAACAGAAACCAAGGUAUGAAAUCCGCUGGAGGGUCAUUGAAUCAAUCAGCCCUGAUGGACAUGAAUAUAUUUAUGUGGACCCGAUGCAGCUACCUUAUGACUCUAGAUGGGAAUUUCCAAGAGAUGGACUAGUGCUUGGUCGCAUCUUGGGAUCUGGUGCAUUUGGGAAAGUGGUUGAAGGAACAGCCUAUGGAUUAAGCCGGUCCCAGCCUGUUAUGAAAGUAGCAGUGAAGAUGCUCAAACCCACAGCUAGGUCCAGUGAAAAACAAGCUCUCAUGUCUGAACUGAAGAUAAUGACUCACCUGGGGCCACAUUUAAACAUUGUCAACUUGCUUGGAGCCUGUACUAAGUCAGGCCCCAUCUACAUCAUCACUGAGUACUGUUUCUAUGGCGAUCUGGUCAACUAUUUGCAUAAGAAUAGGGAUAGCUUCCUGAGCCGCCACCCAGAGAAGCCAAAGAAAGAGCUGGACAUCUUUGGAUUGAACCCUGCUGAUGAAAGCACACGCAGUUAUGUGAUUUUAUCUUUUGAAAACAAUGGUGAUUACAUGGACAUGAAGCAAGCCGACACGACCCAGUACGUCCCCAUGCUAGAAAGGAAAGAGGUUUCUAAGUAUUCGGACAUCCAGAGAUCACUGUACGAUCGUCCAGCCUCCUACAAGAAGAAAUCUGUGUUAGACUCAGAAGUCAAAAACCUCCUUUCGGAUGAUAACUCAGAAGGCCUUACUUUGUUGGACUUGUUGAGCUUCACCUAUCAAGUUGCCCGAGGAAUGGAGUUUUUGGCUUCAAAAAAUUGUGUUCACCGGGACCUGGCUGCUCGCAACGUCCUCCUAGCCCAAGGGAAAAUUGUGAAGAUCUGUGACUUUGGCCUGGCCAGGGACAUCAUGCAUGAUUCGAACUACGUGUCGAAAGGCAGUACCUUCCUUCCCGUGAAGUGGAUGGCCCCUGAGAGCAUCUUCGACAACCUCUACACCACGCUGAGUGAUGUCUGGUCUUACGGGAUUCUACUCUGGGAGAUCUUUUCUCUUGGUGGCACACCCUACCCUGGCAUGAUGGUGGAUUCUACUUUCUACAAUAAGAUCAAGAGUGGGUACCGGAUGGCCAAGCCUGACCAUGCCACCAGUGAAGUCUAUGAGAUCAUGGUGCAGUGCUGGAACAGUGAGCCAGAGAAGAGACCCUCCUUCUACCACCUCAGUGAGAUCGUGGAGAAUCUUCUGCCUGGACAAUAUAAAAAGAGUUAUGAAAAAAUUCACCUGGACUUCCUGAAGAGCGACCAUCCCGCUGUGGCACGCAUGCGUGUGGACUCGGACAACGCAUACAUCGGUGUCACCUACAAAAAUGAGGAAGAUAAGCUGAAGGACUGGGAAGGGGGCCUGGACGAGCAGAGACUGAGUGCAGACAGUGGCUACAUCAUCCCUCUGCCUGACAUCGACCCUGUUCCUGAGGAGGAAGACCUGGGCAAGAGGAACAGACACAGCUCACAGACCUCUGAAGAGAGUGCCAUUGAGACAGGUUCCAGCAGCUCCACCUUCAUCAAGAGAGAGGAUGAGACCAUUGAGGACAUCGACAUGAUGGACGACAUCGGCAUAGACUCCUCAGACCUGGUGGAGGACAGCUUCCUGUAACAGGCAGAGUUGGGGCGUACCUUCCACUCCAGGAGCCACCUCUGGGUCCCUUUAAGAAAACCACUUUAUCACAAAUGCAAAGGUGGAGCGGAGGAUGUGGAUGAAGUGAAAAGUUCCCAGCCAAGGGCCUCAGGGAGCCUUCUGCAUAUGAAUGAAUGGGAUAUUUUGAAAUGGACUUUUUCAGCGUUGUCUCUUGCAAUGCUUCAGGAGCAUCUCAGCGGUGUGUGAAGUUUGGAAAUAGUUGGACAAGGGAAUAAUAGGCCACAGAAGUGAGCUUUGUGUUUCAAGGGCAUUGAUGAGAUUCCCACAUACAGAUUUGUACUGCAAGGAAACUCCAGCAUUGUAAUUAUGUAAAUAACUCUAACCAAGGAUGUGUUUAGAUUUGUAUUAACUAUCUUCUCUGGACUUCCGAAGAGACCACUCAAUCCAUCCAUGUACUUCUCUCUUGAAACCUGGUUAUCAGCUGCUGUUGAACUUUCUUAUGAAGUGCAUGCAAAACCACUUUUGAACCUUAAAAGGUACUGGUACUAUCACAUUUUACUUUUUUAUUUUAGUGUUAAAGAGAUAAAAGAUAACACUUAACCAACCUUGUUUGAUAGAUUUGGGUCCUUUAGAGGCCCAAUAACUCAUUUUCGUAUUGUAAUCUAUGUUUAUAAUAAUACUACUGUUAUCAGCAAUGCUAAAUGUGUAAUAUGUAACACGAUUUUCCCUACAGAGAAAGCACAAUUUAAAAAAAAAAAAAAACCUUACUAAGUAGGUGACAAGUUUGACA